GGGCAAUAAAGUUCAUACUUUUUUUCUAUUUAUAAAACUGAGAAAGAAGAUAGACGUAAUUAUCAUCAACGAUAAUAAGCAUCAUCAUCAUCACCAUAAGCAUUACAGAAACAGCUAAAUAGAUUCAUAUUUUUAUUAAAAUGAAUCGACUUUUGUAGUUGUUGAUUUGAUCUCUUGUGGGUUUCUACCUUUUUCUUUCCCUCGUAUGUUUUUUAUUUCUUUUUUCAACAAGGACAGAUCGAAGAAAGUAUCUGAGUGAGAGAGAGAGAGAUAGAUCAAGCAAAUUUUAGAGAAUGGGAUCGUCUUCAGGGCAAAGUGGAUACGAUCUGUCGUUUAAGAUAUUGUUGAUAGGAGAUUCGGGUGUUGGUAAAAGCAGUUUGCUUGUCAGUUUUAUCUCCAACACCGUUGAAGAUCUUGCUCCUACCAUCGGUGUCGAUUUCAAGAUCAAACAAUUGACAGUAGGAGACAAAAGACUCAAACUCACAAUCUGGGACACAGCUGGACAGGAACGGUUUAGAACACUGACUAGCUCUUACUACAGAGGUGCCCAAGGAAUCAUUCUCGUUUAUGAUGUGACGAGAAGAGAGACAUUUACAAACUUAGUAGAUGUAUGGACUAAGGAGAUUGAGCUUAAUUCCACUAAUCAAGAUUGCGUUACGAUGCUUGUUGGGAACAAAGUCGAUAGAGAAUCUGAGAGAGGAGUUAGCAGAGAAGAAGGGAUUGCGCUAGCCAAAGAGCUCAAGUGUAUGUUUCUUGAGUGUAGUGCUACAACUCGAAAAAAUGUAGAGCAGUGUUUCGAGGAGCUGGCUUUGAAGAUAAUGGAGAUACCUAGUCUUUUGGAAGAAGGAUCAAGUGCUGUGAAGAAAAACAUCUUGAAGCAAAACUCAGAUCACCAGACUACUCCUCAAGCAGGCUGUUGCAGGUCUUGAGGCGAGUCUGUCCUGAUUCCUUUCUCUGACUUUGCUUCGUUUGCGAUAAUGAUAGUUUCUCUGUGAAUUUGUGGGAUUUCCACUGCUCUUCUUUUGCUUCUGGAGUGAGAUUUGUAAUAACUAAUAGAGUGAAUCACCCUAUCCAGUCCUUUUUUCAAAUAACUAGCUGUUAUGGUGGCUCAAACUUAUAUUCGAUUAGAGAACACCUUUCAGUUGUGAAGAAGAUGAUCCUUAUUUGAACAGUUAACUUUUAUAAAUUCAAAGCCUAUACAUUGUUUUAAAGCAAUACUAGUGCUUGACACCCCCUCGGGCGAGCGGGUGUGUACUUUUACUAAUUUAUAUUUU